AGCAAUAAAAAAAAAUUGUAUUUAUAAAUCUGCGAGAUGAUACCAAUUCGAAUUGUAAAAAAAUCACUAUUCUAGAUGACGAAAUUCACGCUGUUUUCGGAAGAAACGUCCGGAUUCUUUAAAGAGCUGAUAAUGGGUACCAUGAAAGACAGGGAAAUGCGGAAAAUCAUCAGACCAGACAUGAUCCAUCUACUCAUGGAAGCUAAGAAAGGGGGUUUAAUUGCAGUCUGGACUGAUGACGACAUCAUCGCUCAAGCAGUUCUUUUCUUCGUUGCUGGUUUUGAAACCGUUUCAUCGGCAAUGACGUUCCUCCUUCACGAAUUGGCUCUCAACCCUGAAGUACAAGACAAAUUGGUUGAAGAAAUCAAGGAAAACAAGGAGAGGAACAAUGGAAAAUUUGACUACAACUCCAUACAGAAUAUGGUGUAUUUGGAUAUGGUUGUUUCAGAACUCCUAAGGCUGUGGCCGCCAGGUGUCUCCAUGGAUAGAAUCUGCGUUCAAGACUACAACUUGGGGAAACCAAAUGACAAGGCCAAAAGAGACUUCACA